AUGUCUUUUUUGUAUUUUUUAACCGUGUUAAGUUGUUUAACCGUUGUUAUAUGUAAUGAAAACGACGUAUUGACAUUACAAGAUGGAUUGGAUACAAAAGAAAAUGAUUUGCCAUCGGACAGAAGGCGGCCAUCAAACGGUCAAGAAAAAGAUAUUUUGUUAUUGGGUGCUUUAGGAAGGAGAAAAGGUUCAUAUCACUCAUAUAGUUCAUCGGCGCAGGAGGAUGAUUCCAUAAUGGAUUUAUUGGGCAAAAUGAUACCACAAACAUGCCGCUACCGAGGAUCCAGAUAUCCAUGUGGGCUCAGCAUAUCAUGUGUGAUAGGUGGAGGGAAACCCUUAGAUUUAUGCUCAGGUGGCAUGAUUUGGGCUUGCUGCGUGGAUCGAGAGACGACGGAACGACCCACGGAUAUAGCUCCAGUUGUUCACAACGCUAGUGAUCUAAUCGAACUGAUCGGAAACUUUCCUCACGAGAACUACGAUUACCAAAACAACCAAUUCGAAGACCCCAUCAUUAUCUACACGGACAACAAGCCUUAUCACCAUAAACCGGAGUUGUCCGACCCAGAACCGGAUUUAAACCGUCCCGGGUGGAACCACAAUAAUUUCUACCACGUGAAACCUUCCUAUCACGAAAGCUCGACAAAAAAACCGGAUGUUUAUUAUAAACCUGAUUAUCACGAAGCGGAUAACCAAGGUGAUGAUGAUUAUGUACCAGUACACACAAGCCAUAAGCCUUCAAGACCUAGUUUUCCUGGUUGUGGAGAACACUUUACGCGUUCCAAUCGUAUAGUCGGAGGUCAUUCCACCGGGUUCGGAUCCCAUCCAUGGCAAGCCGCCUUGAUCAAGUCAGGGUUUCUAAGCAAGAAGCUCGCUUGUGGAGGCGCUUUGAUCUCAGAUAGAUGGGUAAUUACUGCUGCUCACUGUGUCGCUACUACUCCCAACAAUCAACUCCGUGUCCGUCUUGGUGAAUGGGACGUUCGAGAUGCUGGUGAACGCUACAUACAUGAAGAGUUCUCAGUCCAGAGGAAGGAGGUUCAUCCUUCAUACGAGCCCGCCGACUUCAGAAAUGAUGUGGCACUGGUACAAUUGGAUAGAGGCGUCGUGUUCAAGCAGCAUAUACUUCCUGUGUGUUUACCCCAGAAGCAAAUAAAGUUAGCUGGCAAGAUGGCAACUGUGGCUGGCUGGGGACGGACCAGACAUGGGCAGAGCUCAGUACCGUCUGUACUACAGGAGGUGGACGUAGAAGUGAUCCCCAACGAGCGUUGUCAACGUUGGUUCCGAGCAGCCGGACGAAGGGAGACCAUCCACGACGUGUUUCUUUGCGCUGGAUAUAAAGAGGGAGGCCGUGAUUCCUGCCAAGGUGACAGCGGAGGCCCCCUCACCAUGAAGCUCGAAGGUCGAAGUACUCUCAUUGGCCUCGUGUCCUGGGGCAUCGGCUGUGGCCGUGAACAUCUCCCCGGCGUUUACACAAACAUACAGAAAUUCGUGCCUUGGAUAGACAAAGUACUAGACAAAUAG